AAUUUAUUUUUGGGAAUAUUUUUUUCAACAGUUGGAUCUGUUAUUUUAGUUUUUUUUUAUUCAUUAUUAUUUUGAGGCCAAAAUAAUCUUUUAGGUUAAUUUGUCUUAUACGUCAAACGUCUUACGUCAAAAUGCAAUUUCUAACCUCACUUAAGCCAUUCAAUUAUUUCUGAAAAUUUUCGCAAUUAUUGUCUUAGAGCGCUAUAAAGCCUUUGUCACGUCCUUUUCAGUUCUUCCAGUUUCUUUUAUCUUAGUUUUAUUACCCUAUCAUUAUCGCGCAGAACAUAAGAUCUGACAACCAUGCCUGCUGACAUAUACUUCAAAUGUCUAAUACUUAAUUGUCCUUACCUUUCCAACCUCACUUUUUUAUUAAGAAAUUGUUUGUUUUUCUAAAAAAAAAAUAAGUAAACUUGCUUUCACUUAAAAACCUAAAUAGUGAUAAAAUGGAGGUGGACCGAGAGCUAACCGACGAGGAGUACGUGGUACAGCGGGCCAAAGAAGCACUGAAAAUCGACCCCUACUCUGCAAAAGCCUGGAUGCUAACGGCUAAAUCACUGUACCCCAAUAACUUUACUGUGCAGUUCGAAGCUUACCUAAUCGAAAAAGCCGCCGGUAACGUCAAAGAGGCGGCCAAAUGCUUCAGUGACUUGAUCGGCAAGUUCCAACAAACCCCAGAGCUUUUCAAAGAAGUUGAAAAAGUCACGGUUGCCCUUCGUUCUGAGGCAGAUACUGAAGACCCAGAAAAACAAUUUUUAUGCGAAAUGUUUAGGCACAUCUCUUCUGAGGUACAACAUAAACUAUUACUAUUUACUGCAGAUCAUUGCGAGGACACUAUGGAACAUUGUCGACUGUUGUUGUUACUUUUACAAAGAUUUCCGACAGCUAUAUCCAGUUAUGGGCCUAGAUUGGUGGAUACAUUGAUGUCGGCUGAAAAGCAUAGUGUCGAUGGCCAUCAGCCCAUUAAUCCUUAUAGGAAACUGUUGGUUGGCGAACUUUUGCCCUUGUUGGCCAAGCAAGAGGUUAAGUUAGACUUGAGCACUAAAUUAUUGCUUAAGUUACUUAAUAAGUCGCUGGAGUAUUAUUUGUGUUGCUUGGGAAAGUCUUGUGCAUCAGUGCAGGAAAGUGAGUCCAGUAAGGAGAACAUUUGGCAUAAAUUAUUUUUUGUGGUUGAGUUUGUUGGUAAGCAGUUGAGUUGGGAUGCAAACUUUGUGAAUUUCACCGUUGGCUGGUCAAAAGAGGGCUACUGGCAAAAGGUUUUGAGUUACUGGCAACUAAAGUCCAAAACUCUACUUCACUAUGAAGAUAAGCAACUAAUUUUUUGCUUAUCGGUAUUCUUUCUAUACUGUCUUCACGAGUAUAUUGUUAGUCUUGUGCCGGAUCAAGCACCAGGACAGACUGCCACCCCUUAUUGUUUAGUGGAGGCUUUUAUAGAUCCCACACUGCCAAAUCCCGCUUGCGAGCCUAAAAAUAAGAAACGUAAGGGCGACACUGAUUUAAUUCACAAUACGAACCCUCACAUUUCGGUGGAAAAAUCCGAAUUAAAAGUGAUGCAAAGCAACUUUUUGAUGUGCGUCAACUGUUGGGACCUGAUUUUCUCUUCCGAAAAUCUCCAUAGAGAAUUCCUUAGAAUCUACUCGUAUCUAAAACUAGACUCUUGGUUAUCAGUGUUUAUAAUAGACUACGCCCUCUAUCGGGCGAGGUACGAUGAGGCCCUGCUGUGCCUACAGAAAAUUACAGAAAACCAUGUACUAUUACAAAAGUACAUUAGGGUGGCCAGUAUAUUGUAUAUCAAGAAAAAUUAUAGGUCAUGCCUGGAACCUUUACUGCUGUCUUUGCCACUUCUGCCAAAAAAUAACCACGGAAGUCUUAGCAGCGGUCUAAUUACAGGAGGGAAUCAGAGGCAUUUACACUAUUUACCUGUUACCAGGAUGGCCGUUUUACAAUAUCUCGUAAAACUGCUGCUCAGAUGCAUAAAAGAAAACAUGGGCAAACACGACUACAGCGAACUCUCCAUUGGUCACAUAUUCGUGCUGGUGCAGCUCGAUUGGCCCCAGGAAGAAGAUUUUAUUCCUCCCCUUUUGGAGGAAAUCAAGCAGCACAGAUCAUUUCAGUAUCACUUGUUUCAGAAUUACAUCAUUAAUGUUGAUAUAAUGGAGGAGCUGACGUACCUUUGGACGCCCCAAGGGGGACAAAUCAAUUUGGAAAUAUUGCCAAAUUUUGGGAGCCAAAGAAGAAUAGGUACCAGGGGCGCGGAUAAAGGAGCCAAAGAAGAACUGCGGCAAGCGAUAAGGAGACAAGUGGCGAGAAGUAACGAGCGAUUAGACGAUCUGCUGAUAAGUUUCUUACAAAACGAGCGAGCGCUUAUCCUUCAGGCGCUAGUAUGAUGCUUGCGACAGGACCUGGUCGUUUCCCACGUGAAUCCCUGAGAUAAAUCGCGGAAAAGUAGGAAACGCAGGGAAACCGGGAAAAUGCGACGGGGUGAUUUGGUGGUUUUUCCCAUACAACGUGCGUGCGUUAAAACUCCCAUAAAAACCGUCGUUAAGGGGGUCCAAUCGCUCGGCAAUUGUUUGGAAGUAUUUCCGAUCGGUGCAACCGGUCCUGUGAAUAGUGAGGAAAAGGUCGACGGUGUGAACUGUGAUGAAAUCGUUAUUUUCCCCGUUAGUUAACGAGUUGCAAUUUAUUCGGUUUGUAUGUAAAAAUAAUGUGUUUGUAAGGAGAGUUAUUUUUUUUAAAUAAAGGUGUACAAAAUUA